AUGGCACAAGUAGUGCGCACAAGGGCAAGGGCAAGGGCAAGGGCAAGGCAUCGAGCGCAGAGAAGAGACUAAAACGAGCAUUGGUGAAUGAUGCGGCGGAUGAAGACGCCGAUGUGCGUCGAGGCGGCGGCGGUGGCGGCGGUGGUGUUGGUGGCAAUGUGGAUAGCGAUCAAGAAGCCGGAGCAUCGACAGCGGCAAGCGGAUCACGUGGUCAGGGAUUCUUGGACGUGAACAGCGAGGAAGAGAAUGGCGUGCUGGAAGAGGACGACGAGGAGAUCGACUCGGACGAAGCGUGGGAUGAGGCGGAUGAGCAUAGGUUCGCAGAUCUCUUGCCCGUCAGCAACCGCGCCUCCAAGAGGAAGCGUGCAGAUGACGACGAUGAUGAUGAUGAUGAUGAUGAUGAAGCGGCUGAGGAAGAAGGCGAGAUCAGCGAGGACGACGGCGAGGUUGACGAUGAGGAUAUGGUGGACAUCUCCCGCAUGCUACAGGACAGCGACGAAGAUGAUGAUGCCGCCACGCAGUCCGAUUCUGGUGUUCAUGAGGAUAACAGCGACGACGACGACGACGAUGACGAUGACGGCAACCAUACCGCCAACGCUUUGCAGCGACGCAUGGCCGCACUUGCCGCAGUUGACACUUCCAAAGCUGGCCCUCACCCCGACGACGACGACGACGACGACGACGAGCGACCGGAGGGCAAGCGAAGAUUGUUAGCCGCUCGAACGGAAGCUGUGCCAGAGUCUGCAUACUCGGCAGCCGGCAGCGGUGGGCACAAGGUGCGCGUAGAGGAUCUGCUGGCAGGUUUGGGUCAGACUGGCGCCAGCUACACCGAUUUGCGCAACACUGCCAAAACACUGUCCGACGUCAAGCGCGCGCACGCAAGAGAUGGCAGCGGCGGAGGAGGAGCGUCCAAGAGAAAGGGAGCACCGCUUCAAGCUCCCUUGCCAUCCAUCCUGCAGGAUCGCAUAGAUCGAGCGGCAGCGCACGAACAAUCUAAAGCGGAAGUCGAGGGUUGGGCACCCACCAUCAAGAGGCUGCGAGAAGCCGAGCAUCUGUCCUUUCCCCUGCAAGACGAUAAAAUGGUGCCGCAAAGUGUGGCUGCAUUGACCAGCAGCGAGAAUGUCAAGCCGACGAACGACAUGGAGCGCAGCAUCGCCGCUCUGCUCGCUCAGGAAGGCAUGACAGAUCGCAAUGUUGGCAAAGCGGAAGAGUUGGCCAUGAAUGAGCGAGGCAUGGAUCGCGAGCAGAUCAAAAAGAGGAGAGAAGAGCUGAGACAUAUGAGGGAGCUGCUCUUUCGCGAAGAGCAAAAGGCCAAGCGGGUGAGAAAGAUCAAGAGCAAGACGUACAGAAAGAUUGCUAG